ACUGGCCACAACUUGUAGAUAAGCUUGAAAGAGAGAAGAUAAAAGAAGAGUCCAUAGCAGCGAAAAAAAUAAUUAAAAUAAAAUGGAUGCGAUAGUACAGCUGCCUUACGAUGCUACGGUACGGUUGAUGCUGGGUUCGCUAGAGCGCAACCUCUUGCCGGACACUGUUAUACGGCGACUCACGCGCCUGCUCUUAGCCGCCCGACUUCGCUCCGGUUACAAACCAUCCUCUGAGCUACAGCUCUCUGAUCUUCUCCAAUUUGUGCAAUCUUUAAAAGAGAUGCCUAUAGCUGUGAUGACUGAGAAGCCAAAGUCCCAACAUUAUGAGCUCCCUACCUCUUUCUUCAAGAUUGUUCUUGGAAAACACCUCAAAUACAGCUGCUGUUACUUCAAAGACAAGUUGAGCACUUUGGAGGAUGCUGAAAAAGCAAUGAUGGAAUUAUAUUGUGAAAGGUCGCAGUUGAAAGAUGGACACACUGUACUUGAUGUUGGUUGUGGCUGGGGUUCCCUUUCUCUAUACAUAGCACAAAAAUAUAGUGCCUGUAAAGUUACCGGGAUUUGCAAUUCAGUCACCCAAAAAGCACACAUAGAAGAGCAGUGCCGGGAGCUUCAGCUGCAGAAUUUGGAGAUCAUAAUUGCAGAUAUUAGCACAUUCGAGAUGGAAGGAUCCUAUGAUAGAAUAUUGUCUAUUGAAAUGUUUGAGCAUAUGAAGAACUAUGGAGAUCUCCUGAAGAAGAUCUCAAGAUGGAUGAAGGCAGAUAGUCUUCUUUUUGUUCAUUAUUUUUGCCAUAAAGCAUUUGCUUACCACUUUGAGGUAUAUAUACGUCUAGCUGAUCAAUGCAUGAGUAUUUCCUCUACUUCAAUUAUAGAUGUGGUGUCUAAUAUUGUGCAGGAUGUGAAUGAUGAUGAUUGGAUCACUAGGUACUUUUUCAGUGGAGGUACAAUGCCUUCUUCUAAUCUCCUCCUUUAUUUUCAGGAUGAUGUUUCUGUGGUUGAUCAUUGGCUAGUUAAUGGAAAACAUUAUGCACAGACAAGUGAAGAAUGGCUUAAGAGACUGGAUGAGAACAAGAGUUCCAUAAAGCCAAUAAUGGAGUCAACUUAUGGGAAGGAUUCAGCCGUUAAGUGGACUGUCUACUGGAGAACCUUUUUCCUUUCAGUUGCUGAACUGUUUGGGUACAACAAUGGAGAAGAAUGGAUGGUUGCACAUUUCCUCUUCAAGAAGAAAUGAAUUUGCCAAGCAAAUUGUACCCAAGUAAUAAGCAUGUCUACAUGCAUUCGCACUACUACCAUAAAUUGAAGUAGAAUGUGUUGCUAUGAUGCUAUCAGUCCUAUCAUAUAUAGAGAAAGUUUCAUAAAUGAGAUGUCAGUAAAUGGGCUUCAGAAAAGGCAGCUAAGAAUGUGAUCACUCUGUUACUGAAAUCCAUUUGGACAAAAGUUCUUCAAAUGGCAAUUUGAUCCUUUCUUUUGGUG